AUUUCCUCUAUUAUUUGGGAACGCACCCCAACACAGCGGAAGACAGACAACGCUGAAGAAAACAAUGUAAACCAAUGAUAUUCUUGGAGCUACCUAAAGCACAUUUGAUCAAAUUGAACUAUAAUUUAUGAUAAGACCAUGCGAUAGUGUCAAUUGUUAGUUCGAAGUGGGCGGUGUGCUACUGUAGAAACUCCACUGUAGCGGCAGCGAGACGAGGUGCACCGCCUCUCGACCAGUCUAGACUGCCGCUGUCGCUUCCGUUUCUCCGGUGUGUUGAAAGGCGAAGCGCGCUGCAUCGGAACUUGGUUAACUGUUCUUGAGACUUAACAUACGGGUUGUGAUCGAUGGCGGACCCAGAACCAUCACAACAACAUGAGACGGAACAGAUUGACGAUGCAGAGUUGGCAUUUAAAGGAAUAAACAUGCUGCUCAACAACGGAUUCAAGGAGAGCGAUGAACUUUUCAGAAAAUACAGGACCCACAGUCCACUGAUGAGUUUCGGAGCCAGUUUUGUCAGCUUCCUGACAAUUGGAUUCUAUUGGAGUGAAGAACAGGAAGAGACCUUGUCAUAGUGCAUUUGCGGUGCAGAUUGACUGAAUGAAUUGAAGGUCACACAAAUAAUAGCACACCCGGGAUAUCCUCAGCACUAAUCUGGCUGCACUGCUGACGGGUGAUUCACCAACCUGAUAUAAUUUGGCUCACGAACGCCAUGAUGACGUUUGAGGAGGAGAAGAUGCAGACAGCCUUUGAUGACCUCCGAGCCACGGAGAGACUUUGUGAGCGAGACAAUGCCGGGGUCAUCGAGACGAUCAAAAACAAGAUCAGGAGGAGUGACCCCCAGAGGUCAGGGGUGGCUAUAGUAGACCGCCUCCAGAGACAGAUCCUUGUGGCAGACUGCCAGGUGUACCUCGCUGUCCUCUCCUUCAUCAAACAGGAACUGUCAGCAUACAUCAGAGGAGGCUGGAUCCUCCGCAAAGCCUGGAAGAUGUACAACAAGUGUUACAGCGACAUCAGCCAGCUGCAGGAUUGCAGCAAGAGGAGGUCCUCCGACCAGCAGGCGUCUCCCUCUUCAUCCACUGACCAGGCCAACCACGGCGCGGCCAAGCUCCCAACCCAGAGGACCAAUGGGGUGAGCCCGGAGGCCCUAGCCCGGCUUAAGGGCUCGGUCAGUUUUGGCUACGGCCUGUUCCACCUGUGCAUCUCCAUGAUACCGCCGCACCUGCUGAAGAUCGUCAACCUUCUGGGUUUCCCCGGCGACCGUCACCAGGGGCUGUCCGCCCUUGCGUAUGCCAGUGAAAGUAAGGACAUGAAGGCCCCCUUAGCUACGUUGGCCCUCUUGUGGUACCAUACGGUAGUGCAACCCUUCUUUACCCUGGACGGCUCAGACACACAGGCCGGUCUGAUGGAGGCGAAGGCUAUCCUCCAGAGAAAGGAGCCCGUAUACCCUAACUCCUCCCUCUUCAUAUUCUUCAAGGGCAGGGUGCAGCGUCUGGAGUGCCAGAUCAACAGUGCAGUGACGUCCUUCCAAAAUGCCUUAGAGCUGGCUACAGACCAGAGGGAGAUCCAGCAUGUUUGUUUGUAUGAAAUAGGCUGGUGCAGUAUGAUGGAGCUGAAGUGCGGUGACGCCUACAAGGCCUUUCAGCGUCUGGCGACCGAGUCACGCUGGUCCCAGUGUUACUACACCUACCUAACUGGAGUGUGCCAGGGAGCGUCAGGAGAUCUGGAGGGAGCGGCCGCUGUCUUCAAGGACGUACACAAGCUUCUGAAACGGAACAACAAUCAGAUAGAACAGUUCUCUAUGCAGAGGGCGGAGAGGCUCAGCAAACACGCCCCAUCCAGAGAGCUGUGUAUCCUGGCUGUGAUCGAGGUGCUCUACCUGUGGAAGGCCCUGCCUAACUGCUCCACCGCUAAGCUGCAGACCAUGAGCCAAGUUCUGCAGGAACUAGAUGACAUCUCAUUUGCUGGCCUGAAAAACCUGCUCCUUGGUGACAUACACAGAUGUCUCGGCAACAUGAACGACUCCAUUCAGUGCUUCCAUCUGGCUGCCAGAGAUGAGAUGGGCCAUCAAAACAACUCCUAUGUGCAGCCCUACUCCAUCUACGAGUUAGGCUGCGUCUUACUGGACAGCCCUGAGUCUGAAGCGAAGGGCAGAGCUCUGAUGCUCCAGGCCAAGGAGAACUAUGCUGGCUAUGACUUUGAGAACAGGCUCCAUGUGCGCAUUCAUUCAGCUCUGGCUUCCAUGAGAGAGAAGGUGACCCCACCCUGACCGCACCCUUUCUCGACCAUACAUCCACCCUAGCUUGCGUUGGGGGUAGGAGGAGCUGGAAACGGGUCCCUUUAGAGAAGCCAUCUUGAUCUCCAUAGCACUGUGAUGGUUCACUGCAUUGUGUUUUUCAGUAGACUUGUGUUUUUAUAAUGAAUGUGCCAUCAAGUUUGCAAUGUAUAGUUUACAGUAAGAGUUUCCUGGAGCGAUAAUGCAGCAAUAGUUAAGACUACUGGAGUGUAUUAGUGUGUUUUCAACCAGAUCAAAUAUGUACAGUAGUUGCAGCUGGGAGUUAAAUGCAACUUUUUACCAGGGAAAAGUGUCUUUUUGGGGGGAAAUCUAUUUAAAUUGUACAAUCACAUCUUUAUUCUUUCCCAUGUGUUGGGAAAAGGUUCAGAUACAGAACUGGGUAUGCCAUUGGGUAAGCCACACUCUAUUAUAAAUUAAGCCGUGCCUAGGUUGCUGCCAGAUUAUGACCUGAAUGUCCAAAGUCCUGUUGCUGUUACAGUAGUAGACCAUCUGAAUGCACAAAUCCUAUGCUACUACUCAUCACGUGGCCUUGUGGCACUGUAAAUUGGGGAGAUUUUUUUUAUUGUUUUAAAGUUAAUUUCCUGCAAUUCUACACAUUUUGCCAUGGGUUGCAGAGAACAUUCUGCAGUUUUAAAGGCCCAGUGCAGUCAACAUUUUUAUUUUCCUGUGUUUUAUAUAUAUUUCUACACUGGGAGGUUGGAAUAAGGUUGACUAACGUCUCUUCACAAUCCUCAAGUCAAGAACAGACUAUUAUGGGAGGCGCACAGUACUACAUGGUGCCAUGGCUACAUGGAACUCUAUUCCACAUCAGGUAACUGAUGCAAGCAGUAGAAUCCAAUAAAAAUACACUGUACGGAACAGCGGGGACUGUGAAGAGACGCACACACACAGGCACACAUACACAUGAUAAGGCAUGCCCUCUACACACCUACAGAUGGAUGUUGUAUUAGAUGUGAUAGUAGAGUAGUAGCCUGACAGAACACACUUAAUGUGUUGUGAAAGGUUUUAUUAAAUGUCAUAUUUUAAAUUGUAUAUAAAAUUAAUGUUGAAUGUUUUUGGACCCCAGCAAGGCAGCAGCUAAUGGGGAUCCUUAAUACAAAUAAUACUGUGAACAUGAAGAUGAUGAUGAUGAUGAUGAUGAUACCCUUUUAGUGUAAGAGCUGUUUGAGUUUUUGGCCUUCCAUGGUUACCUCACCAUGCGGUAAAUGAGUUAAUAAACCAAUAAGAAAGGGUUCUAAAUCUGCCAAUAACAGCUCAUGGUCAGAUUUCCCCUCCCCACUCAGACCACUCCCAGACAGUACUAAUGAAGUUCUUUCUUGACAAAUUGCUCUUUAAGAAGCAAUUUUGGUUUCUUUUUGGCCAUUUUUAAUUUAAAACAAUCACAGUAAGGUACUUUAUUUGUUACCCAGAAAUUAUUUGAUAUUGAGAUUAAAAAUGGCUGCAAUGGAUAUUUUUAAAAUAAGUUUUCUGAAAUUCUACACAUUUUUCCGUGGGGCGGUGAGAACUUUGCAAUUGUAGAAAGAAAAAAACAGUUUUACAGCUAAUUUCCUGCAAUUCUACUGAUUUUUGCCGUGGGGUGGAGUGACAUUUUUGCAGUUAAAGCUAAUUUCCUGGAAUUCUAUACAUUUUGUAAUGACUUAUGUCAUGUUAAUAUAAUAUCUGAGUGAGAAUGACUAACAAAAUCAUUGUGUGCCCCCUGGAGGUCAGGGCCCCUGGGCAUGUGCCUGGUCGCUAUUCGGACAGGUUUAGAUAGCUGGCUAGACUAACAAGCAAUAAUUUAGUGACUGGAAGUGACCUACAUAACGAGAACAAUUGCUGAUGCACAAUGACAUUUCCAAAUUGAACGUGGUGUAUUCUAUUAUUCUUACUCUCAAUAGUAAGUUGAGACCCCGACUGAGUUCUUGAAAAAAUAUAUACAGUGCCUUCAUAAAGUAUCAACACCCCUUGAACAUAUUUUGUUGUUAUAUAGCCUGAAUUCAAAAUUAAUUAGCUGAGAUUUUUAAUUUAAUUGAUCUUUUUUCUAAUUAUUUAAAAUUAAAUAUAGCAUUUCCACAAGUAUUUCCACCCCUGAGUCAAUGCAUGUUAGAAUCACCUUUGGCAGUGAUUACAGCUGUGAGUCUUUCUGGGUAAAUCUCCAAGAGCUUUGGACACCUGGAUUGUACAAUAUUUGCACAUUAUUCUUUAAAAAAUGUUCAAGCUCUAUCAAGUUGGUUGUUGAUCAUUGCUAGUCUUCCCAUAGAUUGUCGAGCGGGUUUAAGUCAAAACUGCAACUAGGCCACUCAGAAACAUUCAAUGUUGUCUUGGUUAGCAACUCCAGUGUAUAUUUGGCCUUGUUUUAGGUAAUUGUCCUGAUGAAAGGUGAAUUUGUCUCCCAGUGUCUGUUGGAUAGCAGACUGAACCAUGUUUUCCUCUAGGAUUUAGCCUGUGCUUAGCUCUAUUCAGUUUAUUUUUAUCCUAAAAAAACUCCAUAGUUCUUGAUGAGGAAAAGCAUAACAUAAUGUAGCCACCACCAUGCCUGAAAAUAUGAAGAGUGGUACUAAGUGAUGUGUGGUGUUGGAUUUGCCCCAAACAUAACGCUUUGUAUUCAGAACAUGCAUGUUUAGGAAUUAAAAAAAAAAAUUCUGUACAGGCUUCCUUAUUUUCACUAGUAUUGUGGAGUAAGUACAAUGUUGUUGAUCCAUCCUCAGUUUUCUCUUAUCACCGCCAUUGAACUCUGUAACAGGUUUAAUAUCACCAUUGGCCUCAUGGUGAAAUCCCUGAGCAGUUUUAUUCCUCUCCGGCAACUGAGUUAGGAUGGACACCUGCAUCUAUGUAGUUACUGGGUAUAUUGAUGCACUAUCCAAAGUGUAAUUAAUAACUUCACAAUGCUCAAAGGGAUAUUCAAUGACUUAUUUUUUACCCAUGUACCAAUAGGUCCACUUCUUAGCGAGACAUUGGAGACCCUCCCUGGACUUUGGUUGAAUCUGUGUUUGAAAUGCACUGCUCAGCUGAGGGACCUUACAGAUAAUUGAAUGUGUGGUGUACAGAAAUUAGGUAGUCAUUAAAGAAUCAUGUUAAACACUAUUAUUGCACACAGAGUCCAUACAACUUAUUAUGUGACUUGUUAACCAAUUUUUUAAAUCCUGAUCUUAUUCUGGCUUUCCAUAACAGAUUGAAUACUUAUUGACUCGAGGCAGUUCAGGUUUUCAUUUCUAAAAACAUCAUUCCACUUUGACAUUAUGGGGUAUUGUGUGUAGGUCAGUGACACAAAAUCUAAGUUUAAUCAAUUUGAAAUUCUGGCUGUAACUCGACAAAAUGUGGAAAAUAGGUGUGAAGGCAUAAUUUAUUUUGGGGGGGUCUGGGGCCCCCUGGCUGACAGGUGCCCUAAGCGACUGCUUAUGUCUCUUAUGCCUGGAACCGGUCCUGUUGAUGGUCAUUGGCUGAUUUUCUCAAACUAAAAUAUGUUACAACAUUGUUACUAGUUUUUAAACAGUGUAUUGAUAUUUAAAGGGAAACAUACAAAUAGGUUUGUAUCAGUGUACUUUCAUUCAAUAUUACUAGAUAAAUGACAUUUUCCUUUUGGCACUUACUUGUGGGUACAACAUGCACACUGUAGGUCUACUCUGCUGUAUUUUUAUAAACUGAACUGGUUUUCCUGUGUUGAAUAGGGA